AACUCCGUUAGAUCGUUUACUGAGAAGAGGAAAAAAUAUCUGAACGGGACGGCGACCGAGCCACCAUGGACGCGGGGGCGGAGCCCCUCCUGCCGCCGCCGGCUUCCGCGGUGGACCACCUCGGCCGUCCGGCCUCCCGCCGCACCUCCGGCCGGUGGCUCGCCGCCCUCUUCAUCAUCGGCGUGGAGAUCUCGGAGCGGUUCGCCUUCGGCGGCAUCUCCGGGAACCUGAUCACCUACCUGACCGGCCCGCUGGGGCAGUCCACGGCGUCCGCCGCCGCCGCCAUCAACGCGUGGAACGGAGCUGCGCUGCUGCUCCCGCUGCUCGGCGCCGCCGUCGCCGACUCCUGGCUCGGCCGCUACCGCAUCAUCAUCUGCGCCUCCCUCCUCUACAUCCUGGUAUGUGCAGUGCAGUGCUCUCGCUGUCGGCUGUUCUUGUGUGGCUUACUCAACUGCCACUUUUAUGAUGAACCUGUGACAAUGCUGAACAUAUGCUACUCUGAUUCUGUGAGUUCACCUGGAAUUUUCAGAGUAAUUAGCUCUGCUAACAAUGAUUUUUCCUGAUAUAGUUUCUACUUUCUCCGGGUAAAGGAUUAACCAUAGGGGCAAGUUUGAUGUGUUUAGAUCUGAAGCACGGAGGAAUUUCAGGCAAUAAUUCAGCUAAAUAUUGUCCUUUCCAUCCACAUGAUAUAUGGCUAUCACCAUCAUAAUGGGCAUACUAUGCAAUUAUGCAUCACUGUGAUAAAAUGAUACUAUUCAGUUUCUGUGGGCUUGGCAUGCUCACGCUAUCACCGGUUCUUGUACCUCAUCAACAAGCAGAAUCUGGAGAUAAUGCAGAUAAUAAUGCAUCCUCCAGUAUGGACAUUCAUGUAGCUUUCUUCUACUUGUCCCUGUAUAUCGUGGCCUUUGCUCAAGGUGGCCACAAACCUUGUGUCCAAGCAUUUGGGGCCGACCAAUUUGAUGAGAAUGACCCUGAAGAAUGUGCCUCAAGGAGCUCAUUUUUCAAUUGGUGGUACUUUGGGAUAUAUGGCGGCAAUGUCAUUACAGUUUCAAUCUUGAAUUACAUUCAAGAUAACAUAGGCUGGCAGCUUGGGUUUGGAAUCCCUUGCAUUGCCAUGUCUCUUUCUCUUGCAGUAUUCUUGCUUGGGACCAAGAGUUACCGCUUCUAUCCUCUAAGAAGUAACACAAGCCUAUUCGACCAGGUUGGGAAAUCGCUUCUAGCAAAGAUACGAUGGUGGUGCGCAUCAUGGUGUUCAAAAUCAUCAGGGGAUCUUCACUGCACCCAAGCAUCAUCAUCCCAGGGAGAUCACAAUGAUGCAGAAAAGGCAUGCUUUCCUGAUGAAGCCACCGCUGUGCUUAAAUUGUUCCCAAUAGGGGCAACCUGCCUGAUUUACGCAAUUGUUUUUGCCCAGUGGAUAACACUGUUCACUAAGCAAGCAAGCACACUAGACAGGUGGAUAGGUAAAGUACACAUACCAGCUGCUGCCCUACAAAGCUUGAUCAGUGUGUCGAUCGUCAUCUCUGUUCCUAUAUAUGACCGAAUCCUUGUUCCACUUACUAGGAGGUACUCAAAGAACCCUCGCGGUAUCACAACGUUGCAAAGGAUUGGAAUUGGAUUGAUUAUCUCAGUAAUUCUGAUGGUUGUCUCUGCCCUUGUGGAGACGAGAAGGCUCAUGGUAGCAAGAGAUUUUGGCCUGGUGGACAAUCCUGAAGCCACAAUCCCCAUGAGCUUCUGGUGGGUGGUCCCUCAGUUCAUCCUGACUGGUUUGGCUGAUAUGUUCACAAUGGUUGGCCUGCAAGAAUUCUUCUAUGACCAAGUACCAGAUGGUUUGCGCAGUUUGGGCCUUGCUUUGUACCUGAGCAUAUUUGGGAUUGGGAGCUUCAUCAGCAGCUUUCUUGUGUAUGCAAUUGACAAGGUGACCAGCAUGACUGGGGAUAGCUGGUUCUCGGACAAUCUGAACCGAGGUCAUCUUGAUUACUUCUACUGGCUAUUGGCUGUGCUCAGUGUUCUUGGUUUAGCUGCUUAUCUACACUUUUCGCGAGUGUAUGUCCACAAGAAGAAGGGCAUCUCAGUACAGUGAGGAUGUGUCAAAAGAUGCUGAAAAUGCAUUGGCUAUCACAUGUUGGUUGUUGGCAUAUCACUUUCGAAGACCUUCAGGCGGUAAAAGGCUUGCAGCUUGCUUAUGCUGCUGUAGUAGUGCUGUACAGUGCCUUCAAGAGUGAAUGCCCGUACGAUGCUUUUCUGUUGCUGCUUGAAGCCUUGAACGAUUCGCAUGGAGAAGGAGAUCUAGCCUAGGUGCCACAGCAAGUAAAAAUUGCUGUGGAGAAAUGUUGAUUUUCUUUUUUCAGGGGUGGUUGUACAAUUUGUGGACUGUGAAAGUUAUGGCAGUUAUAAAUAAUAUUAAAAAGCAUCAAUGUGACAGUUUUGCAAAAUUUCCAGCA